AUGAAUCAAGCAAUUCUUGAAGGCCUCAAGAGGAGAAUCUUGGGCGUGCAUGGGGCCUGGGUGGACGAGCUCCCUAGCGUCCUAUGGGCAAUGCAAACAACUCCCAAAACCACUCCGAGGGAGUCUCCGUUCAGCUUGGCAUUCGGGACCAAGGCGGUCCUUCCGCCCGAGAUGGUAUUCCCUAUCUUACGCACCUCCAACUAUGAGCGAGGGCACUCUAAGGAGGGACUGCAUGCUAACCUGGAUCUCCUUGAGGAGAGAAGAGCCAGGGCACACUUGCGCGCCCUAGCAUACAAGAAGGCGACUGCUCGGAUAUACAACCGAAGGGUCCGUCCGCGGCCGAUCCAAGUCAGAGACCUCGUCCUCCGAAGAGCAGAAGUAAGCAACCCGACCUGA